CGCAUUGGCAUCGGUGGGGUGUAUUUAAUUUCAUUUAGAAGACCGCUGCUUCAACAAUGGGGUACCUGGGAUUCACGUGUUUAAAAAAUGCGAUUUGCUCUCUGAAUGUGGUUUAUAUGAUGGUGGGUUUUCUCCUCAUGGGAGUAGCCGUGUGGGGUAAAAGCUAUGGCAUCGUGUCCAGCAUCCAUGUGAUUGGAGGAGUCAUAGCUGUGGGAUUCUUUCUUCUCCUCAUAUCAAUUAUGGGCCUUUAUGGAGCUAUCAAACACCACCAAGUCCUGCUCUUCUUUUAUAUGGCCAUUCUCCUGCUGCUUUUCCUCAUCCAGUUUGGGAUGUCCUGUGCCUGUCUGGCCUUGCGUCGAGAACAACAGGAGAAUCUGCUGAGAGCGUCUUGGGGGUUGAUGGCAAAUGAUACACGGAUUAGUCUGGAGAGACAUCUGAACUGCUGUGGUCUGCUAAACACCACCGAGGAUAUGGAAGACUUCAAAAAGGACGUCCAGUUGUGUAAUGCUGCUUGUAAAGACACGAAGAAGUGUUUCACAUGUGGGGACGUAAUGCUGAAACGUGCCGGUGAAGCUCUGAAGAUUCUGGGAGGAAUCGGACUGUUCUUCAGCUUUACAGAGAUCCUGGGUGCUUGGUUGGUGAUGCGAUUCAGAAACUUGAAGGACCCCAGAGCCAACCCUAGCGCUUUCCUAUAGGAGCCACUUUCUCAAGCGCCAAAAAACCAGUGAUUAUAGACAUCAGUCUCUCUCUCUCUCUUUAUCCCUCUCUCUCUCAUACACACACACACCCCUGCAGUAACUAUAUUCUAUGGGUUUGAUACAUAAUUUUCUGCAGAGAGUGUACUGUAGUGACCUGCUGCUGCUGAAAACUGCUGAAAAAACCCCCACUCCUACACACUUAUCCACGUUCUCACACAUCUUAUUAAGUAAUCAGUUGGUUAAAUGCAGCCAUUGGCCCAUGCAUGACUUCUCAUGUAUGUUUGGAAUGUCUUACUUGUGCGUCACUCAAUCCCGUGAGCCUAUGCCACUCCAUUUCCCGUCUGCCCUGUCUCUGAUGUGGUUAGAAUGCACAGUAGACCUAUAUCUGGGCCUGGACCGCCCCAUGUCUAGAAUGUUCUUGUAUGUGUCUGUCUGGGUGUGUAGUUGAAAUCACGAACAGAAAAACAGAAGGGACACUCAGAAUGAACAUAUAACGGAGUGCCAGCAGCUCCUCUCCAUGUUCACAUCCCUGACCACGCUGGCCUUCUCUGUUUUAUGGAAACUUUCUUUUUCUUUUCUUCCAUUUCUGAAUAAUGCUUGAACAAUGUAGACAUCUUUACGAAUCUGUGGGGACAAUCAAGCCAAGGUCUAACAUUGGGCCAAAGACAUUUCACCGAAGUUUCAUAAAUGUUUUGUUCCACUUAUGCCAAAGAUUGGAAGUAUCAAGGAAAAUGUUGGUUUGUAGAGUACAGCUAAUGAGAUUUGCAAAAAUCUCACAAUCAAGCACUUUACACUGAGCUCACAUAAGACAGAAAUUUGAUAAUGUUUUUUUUUCUUUCAAUAUUUUCAUGCAUUUCUUUGUAUUGUUUAAAGUUUACAUCAAUACUCAUUUGUGAGUACAUAUAUAAUUUUUGUUUUUCUUCAAAUUGGCUUUUGAUUCUUGUUCUCAGAAUGAUCAGGUGUCACUCAUUCACUCACUGGUUUCUUUUCCUGCGUGGUCUCAGAGCAGAUUGUCGUGGUGACCAGUAGAACAGUCAUUGGCGUAACAGCCAAUGAAAAGCAGAGGUUUAACAUUAGGCUGUACGCUCUAAGGUCCCAGGACAAUAAAAUCAUUUAAAGGAAACAGAUUGAACGGUGGAUAAUAAUUGGGAAAUCUGUUUCCUACCUGAGCAUAGUAUCAAAGAGCCAUUUGAUCAAAAAAUUCAUUAUUUAUCAGUCAGAGCGUAAUUUUGUUUUUAAUUAAUAUUAGUGGAUGAUUACUUUGGUACAUAUGUUGUGAUUGUGAAUAUUUUUUGCUUAUUGUCCAGUGUAAUCCAUCCUCAGUAUGUUUGUUAAUGAUGUGAUAUUGUUUUAUUUAACUGCUAAUUAAGUAAAGGAAAUAUAGAGACAGAGUCAUUACUGAUGUGCCCACCUUUUUUAAACAAAACUGAAAAAGUGACACUACCCUGAGCUGGGUUUGACCUCAGGUAUGUAGUCAAAUUCAGUUAAACCUUCUACCCAUACAAACACAUCAGACACAGAAACCAGUAUGUUUCUGUGAAGGUACAAAACAAUAAAGCUGAAAUUUGAUUCAUCGCGGUUCAGAUUCUGUUAUUCAGUGAUUUAUGCUCCUGCCUGGAAUAUGUAUCUUUUGAAGUUGAGCAGCUUACACAUUCAUGGACAAAUCUACUCCUGUGCUCAUUUGUAUUCUCCUUUUGCCUUUGUGUCUCUUCUGUGUUCCCAUGUGCUUUUGGAUGAAGGAUUGUCUUUUU